GCUCCGCGCUGCCGCCUCUCCCGGCUCCGCCCCGGGUGAGAGGUCGGCGGGCGGAGCGGCACUGAUGGCGAUGAUGGCGGCCGGGACGGGCAAGCCCCGUCGGCGGCGCGCAGGAAAUAAGCAUUCAGCUGCUCAGAAAAAUGAAGAUGCUGCUCAAAGGAAAGCAGCUCUGGAGGCUGCACUGAGACACAAGAUUGAGUGUGAGAAAAAAGCAUUGUCUAUUGUUGAGCAGCUCCUGGAAGAGGACAUUACUGAAGAGUUCCUUCUAAAUUGUGGAAAAUGUAUUACUCCAUCUCACUAUAAAGAUGUUGUUGAUGAGCGAUCUAUCAUCAAACUGUGUGGUUAUCCUCUAUGCCACAAUAAGCUGGAAAAUGUGCCAAAGCAGAAGUACAGAAUCUCAACAAAAACGAACAGAGUUUAUGAUAUCACUGAAAGAAAGUGCUUUUGCAGCAACUUUUGCUAUAGAGCAUCUAAAUAUUUUGAAGCUCAAAUUUCCAAAAGUCCAGUGUGGAUGAGAGAAGAGGAAAAACCACCCGACAUAGAGCUGCUGAAGGAGGGACGGAGUGGACAGUCUGGAGAAGAGGUGAAACUACGUGAUGAAGUAAUUAAAGCAUCUGACAUUGAAAAUCCUAGGAUAUCUUCAGAUCCAUGUGAAUCUCGUUCUCAUGACACAGCCAGUGACAGCAGUACUGAUACUGAACAAGAAUUUAUUUCCUCUGUCCUACCAGGAAGUCAGUCAAGUUCAGCCAAUUUUGCACAGCAAUUGCACAGAAAAAGCAUUCUCAAAAAGAAGCCUGCUCAGAAAGUCCAUGCCAGCCCUAAAACUGAAGAUGCAGAUGUGGCAGAAGCCACUGAACAACUCUCUCAUUGUAAAUUAGACACUCAGGAAGAAAGACCUGCUUGCUCUGUUCAUAAUGAAGUAACUGCACCACCUUCAGACAAUACUGCUCCUGGGAAAUCAAGUGCUUCAGAAAUCUCUGAAAAUACAUAUGGAUCACAGAUAGUUUUUCUAGGUGUGAGCAAAAGAGGAGCAGAACAUCUUAAAAGAACAUUAGCUAAGUCAACAGAACAUAAAAACCCUGAACUGAGGCAUCCAGUUAAUUCCAAAGGCAGUUUACUAGAAGUACUUAGGCAAACACUUAUGGAAUGGAGAACUGAGGAAACUUUAAAAUUUCUCUAUGGCCCAAACUAUACUUCUUUGUGCUCAUCAGAGUGCAUAGCAUCUGUCAGCCAGGAGACUGAAGAACUUGAUGAGGAUGACUUAGAUACACCUGAAGAUCUCAGCACUGUUGCUGUAGGGGAGUCUGAAAACAGUUUGAACUUCUCUUUACCUUUCACAGGCUCAAGUGGAAUAGUUAAGCCUGUGCCUAGUUAUGAAAAGCUAAAAGAAGAAACAGAGCUCCUAGAACUGCGGGUAAAAGAGUUCUAUAAAGGAAGGUACGUCUUGGCUGAGGAGGCAGCGACACAAGCACAGGAAGGGGAGCAUCCCAGCAAAGACAGAGAUGAUCAGCAGGAAGAUCUCACCUUCCCACUUGUUGAUUCAAAUGCACAAAUGCAGAUUAGGAAGCGAAUUGUCCUUGAAAAACUGAGAAAAGCAUUAUCUGCAGUUUUGGGUCCUCUUCAGAUUGCUUCAGGUGAUGUUUACACAGAGCUAAAAAAUCUUGUCAAAACUUUCAGGUUAACAAACAGAAAUAUUAUUCACAAAAUGCCUGAAUGGACUCUCAUUGCUAUUGUUUUGUUAUCUGUAUUGUCACAAACAACUCCACUUUUCAAGAAUACUCAGACAAGCCCAAUGUACACACAGUUCCUGACCACAUUACUGGAAGAGCUGCAUUUCAAAAAUGAAGAUCUGGAAAGUUUAACAAGAAUAUUUAGAAUGGACUGACAACUUGAAUGGUCAGUCAACUUCAAGCUACUUUGUGUGUCUUAAAACCAAGCUGGUUAACCACAGGUUUAAUGUUCAGCAUUUUGUAAGUAUGUACAGUAACUACAGAUUGUAUCAGCUGGAGCAGAAAAUGUGUGAAGCACAUUUUAAAGUAAAGAAAUAUGUUUGGUAUGGAAAUGAGUGUCAUCAUUUUGUCACUUACAAUAAAAUGUAAAUAAUUUCCAGUAAAUGCCAGCUACUUACUUGUCACACUUAUCUUUUGAUAAUGUAUGGUUGGUUUACUGCAAUUUUGAGGAAUUUUUACUACCACAGUUUAUUAAAAAAAAAAUAUUCUGUGUGGCUACAAUGGCUAAGACUCAGCAGGUUUUUUUUAAUUAUUACAAUGGAAUUGUUAUGUUCCAUUUUGUGAUAUGAAAUUAAGAGCUGCGUAUUUUUUGCAUGAUGUUGAGAUUACAUUUUCCAUUCCAGGUAGGCCAAAAAAUUUAAGAGCAAAUACCUUAUGUUGAUAAUACUGAACUGAUUUAAUGAAUAUAGAUUAUGAUAUCAUUACUGAUCUCACUCCUUUGUUCCCCACUGAAUAACAUGAUCAUCUUAGCAUCUCCUACUACCUGAAAUAGUUGCACAGAGAACAAAAGAACACCUUCAGUUGUUUGAACUUUUUAAAAUGAAAAAUGAAAUUUAGUAUGAAUUGUAGUACUUGCAUUUCUGCUUUUUCAUUUCCUUCCCACGGGUAAGAAUUUUGCAGUCUUGCGAAGAAGCUGACUAACCGCAGUUGUUCAAGGUAUGAAGACAAGUUAAAAUAUGGAUCAUCUGAAAAGUGCUUAAAACAGUAGAAAGGAAUUUGGAUUGGUUUGGUCUUUCUUGGUUUGGGAACUUUCAGUCAAAGUUUGUCUACAGGCAUCAGGGAAAGAGGGGGAAAAGCAUGUGAGCCUCCGAUGGUAAGAGCAGUGCUGCUGACGUUUUUCCAGUUGCCCUCGUGCAUGGAGCAGGAACCUUUAGGAAUGAUGACUACAGUACACAAAUGUGUCUGAUCCAUAGCCUGUUUGUCUUGCUACUUCUAAGAAAAGGGGUGGUCUUUGAACUUGUGUAAAAGUUCUUUUUAAACAGACUCUAGUUGUUACUAAUUUGGACUUCCUAAACAUAUUUUAAUAACUAAAAAUGCUUUGCUUGCAGUAGUCAUUUCAUUUCAGAGAGUUAUUUAGGCUGAGUAUGUUUGGAAUAGCUUCUGUCACUAAGUGAUUAUAAAUGGCGCCUUAAAACUAUCCACUAAUAUUCUUAAUGAUUCCAUGUUUUAUUGCAUAGUUCUCAGUUCAUAGGAGACUGUACUUUGAGAGACUUGAGAAGAAAGUUGUAACUGACAGUGCUUAGUCUGCAGCAAAUGCCAGCUCUAGGUGACACAAGCCUUACCAGGGCUGCUACACAUUCACUCCAUUUAAAAAACCAAAGUUUAUUCCUUUGGUUUGCUUCUGUAAUUGGACACCAGAAAGGAACUCUAGACUUAAGUAGUUCACUGCUGUGUAGUUCCUUCAUGAUAAUCAGAGUAAAUGUGUGUAGAUUCCCCCAACACACACAAACUCAUGCAGCUUUGUCAUGGAAGCUUCACUGAGCAGUAGACUUUAUUUAGGCAAAGAUUUUUCCAAAUUUACAUUGUAAUGGGAAGUUACUUUCAGUGUAAGUUGUAAAAGCAACAAUUUAGAAUUAGGAUAAUGCUGAAUGCAGAGUUACAGCUAUGCAUUUUUUUUAUGUAAUAGGGAGGAAAAUACCCAUUACAAUCAGAGUGUCUGAUUCAAAAUUUAUAAGAGUUACUGGAUAGAUGGUACAUUGGUUUUGUACCAUGAUGGAAAAGUUUACUUGAUACAUAUGGAGAGAAGGGUCAAGACCUCACCAAAAGAUAAACUUCUGUAGAAGACUGAGUAAUAGGUAUGGUACUCUGAGCAGAACUUAAACCUUGAAUUUAUAUCUGUUCACUUCUGAUUUUGGAAGUUGACUGAAUUUCUGUUUUUAGCCAGUAGAUUCUGAGCAAGCCAUUAUUCUGUUCCAAGCAUGUUUACCUUGGGGCACAGAUUGCCUCAUAACAGUUCUGCCGUACAGAGUACACCUAGAAGGCAUCACAAGUGUACAUCAUAGCAGGAAUGUGACUGUGUUUCAUCAGGUUUGAUGGCUCUCAUUUGGAAAGUUUUUACACUUCCUGUCAGUUUAGUGGUGUGAUUUUUUUGUAGUUAUUUUUAGGCUUGGUCUUCAGCCCCUACUGUGUAGGAAAUGUAUAAUCUUGUAAUAAGAAUGAAUAGGUUGCAGGCUCUCUAUCAGGGUUCACUAUAACUGCUUUUACUGUCUGCCUCAGCAGCUCAAAAAAGUCAGCUUUCAGGAGUUUUGCAUCUCUUCUUUCACUGCUGUGUAGUAAGCUCCCUCAGUCUUUUCCUUGCCCUACAAGAACAAAAUAGCAUGAGUGCAGAAGAACAUUCUGUGGUAUGCUGGGAACACCCUGAAGGGAUAUUCUUCACUUCCUUGUAAUGAUUUCAUCUCUGUUAGACAUAACACACAUGUAAAUAAAUGCAGAAAGUAUACAUAUGUACCCAAUACUUUUGAAUAGGAGAGAGGCUAUAGACUCAUCCCAAAAAGAUCUUUCAAAACUCUCAGCCUUAACUGCUGUAUAAAAAUCACAACUCAAAUACCAAAAAUUCAGUUCAUUUACGUAGUUUUCUUAUGAGCAUGCUUUGUAACAGCCUAACUGCUUAGAAAUGGUCAAAUCUAGAUAUAAUUUUUUAUCUUAAAGCAAAUUUCUGUCACAACUAUCUGUCCUUCAGAAGAUAAUACAGAAGAUAAUGCAGCUGGUUUUUGGUGUUGUUCUGCCCCUUCUCUUUUUGCUUAUGUUGGCAGACAGAUUGUUUCCUUGUGGCCUUGUUUCUGUGCUUACUGUUUUUCCUUCUGUGUAAGUUAAACAGAUGAGAGCAGUUGACAUUUGGGUCAGUGGUGGUUUCAGCCUUAUCUCAGAUACACUAAAUUGCAGUGACUGACUUCUGAGCUGCAGGUGCAGGUGUGGAGAGACAUCAUGGAUCUGGGGUUAGGGGAAAUGGGAUAGAAGCCUCUAUUUCUGAACAGCUCUGUCAAAGGGGCAUAACUUGGCAAAGCCAUUAGCCCCUUAGAUGAUAAGCAGCGUAAAGUCUCAGAAGUCCACUGCCAUAACCAUGUAAAGCAUCCAGCACUGUCUGGUCCAUGGCCAGCAUUGGAGUAGGAUGUGUUUCUUUUAAUAGCAGGGGAGUGGGAAGGAAACCAGACUUAAAUUGUGCCUUUUUUUUUCCCUGACAUAUAUAAUUGAUUUAGUAAAGAACAGAAGAACAACUUAGUUUAAAGCUUGAAGCAAAGUUUGCUUCAUGCUGUUGCAGCUGUUCUGCCUCAAAGGAGGAAUGUGUGACACAUACCUGCAUGUCACAGAAUGGAUUUCUUACCAAGAUUUCCAUAGCUGUAAUGAAAUAAUCUCAGGAAGAGAACAAGCACUUACACAGAGUCACAUUUUCUCAACAUUAUUCGAAGCAGACUUUAUGCUGGCCAAAGAGGCUGAUGGAAAGACUUUUGUGUCUAUUCUCACACCAAAGUUCAGUUCACAGUCUGGUAAAUGCUCUCAGUGUAAGCAAUGCACUCUGUAAUACUGAAUCUCCUAGCACAGAGACCUACACUGCUGCCGUCUGAUUAUUUUUGCCCAUUAACCAUGCUUAGUGACUUUUCUUGCAUUUUGGAGAGAAAAAGAGGAGUCAGAGUGGUUCAUUUGAUGUUCACCAUUUCAGAAAAGUAGAAAAGUCAUAAUGUAACCCAUACAUGUUCAGGUUUUUGAAGAGAUUACCUUGAAUCUGUGUGAAGUUUGCAAAUCAAGCUAGACAUGGUAAUGCAAAAUCCUACAUUAAACAAGCAGAAAAGAGCCUGAUUUAUUUAAUUUAAAACUAUCAAAACAAAAAAGUUCCUCAGCAUAACUGACAGGGCUCUGCUGCUGUCCAAACCCAGGGCUGGAAAUUUUGAUCCACCCUGUCUUUCAAAGGGAGAUGCAGGGAGCAACAAGAUGCUGGUACAUGCAUGAGAUGUGUCUGGGGCCUCACAGGCCUUGUCCACACAACACAUACAAGAGUCACCUGUAUUUUCACUCUUCAGUCUCAGUGAGUAGCUUAAAAGUGAGACAUCUGUUGUGGUUUUAGGGGGAAAAUGACAGUUUGGUGAAUCUUGAUGUUCCAUGCCCUACCCUUCUCCCCCUAGUUUGAGAGAACCUGGACUCUACAAAGUGCAGGAGGGGAUGAGCAGCUCAGCUGGACAUGUCUCUUUUAACUGCUGAGAAAAAAAGGACUAGCACAUCAGAGAGAAGAAAAAGGAAGAGACAAGGGGAAAGCAAUACUCAUACCAUCUAAAUUUAGGCAUCCAAACUUAGGUACCUGCCUAUCUUCAUCUGCUUCAGAGAGAACUGAUGCUCUUAAAUUUAGGGUCUUCAAAUCUUACCUUAGUGCAUUUAUGAAAUGGAUGGUAGUAAUGUCUCAGCUCCUGUUCCCUCAUGGGGGAAAGAAAGCAGAAAAGUCAGCUGAGAAUGCUGACACAGUAGACUGGCUCUCCCUGGAGUAAUUUGUAGUAGAGUGUGCACAAAACUGAAGGGGGCCCUGGCCCUGCACAGUGGGGAGUUUCUAAGCAAUCUGAUCCUAUUAUUCACUUAUUUUGAUGGCUACUACUUCACACAAUUUUUUCUUAACGUAUAAGAGUUAACACCAAAAGAAUUGAAGUGAGUGGCAGUCUUUAGGGAAAUCAAAACAAUGCCCCUAUGUUGAAAUAGGGUUACACUCUAGUUCAAGAGUUUGCCUCUAAGUUUUCCAUACUUACUGUUUAUUUCUGCAAUUGCAUGUGAACACACAGUACUGUGGGUGAGGUUUAGCUUGAUCUCACUGGGACAGCAGGUAAUGCUGAACUGUCAUUUCCAGUGAGCAUUAAAUAUUGAAAACACAGACUCAGCCUCUCCUUUUGGCAAGUCUUAAGUUUCCAUUGGAAGCAGAUGGUAUACAAGGUAGGGCUAGGCACCUAACUAUAAAGACCUCUUGUUUCUCAACUGUGUAUCUCUACCACCUGACAGCCAGCCCUCCUCUGAUUAGAGUCAAAGGAAGUGGGUGUGCCUUCCAUUAGCAAAGGCGGAAAGUAAUAUUGGUGCAGACUUUUCCUCUUGUCAACUUUCUUUUUGUGACUCUUCAUCUUGAAAGCACUUCUCUGCACAGAAGGUGCUGUAGAACAUGAGCUGUGGCAUUUGUGGUGCUACAGAGGAUUUGGGGAGGUGGGGGGAUGUGUGUGGGAAACACAUAUCUUCAGGUGGCUCUCAUUUAGCAUUCCUCAUUUAGGCUCUCUGGUUCCAAAAAGCCAGGGAAAGCAGAUGAGCCUCUGAGCAAUGGAUGGACAUGUGUGAUAAAGUCAUUCCCCCUGAGCUGCUUGCAGCUGUAGAGUAGAGCAAAGUGCAAGCUGGAGUUCUGAAGAAAAUAGAUAAACUUUGCUAUGAGGAUUGAAUGUGUAGACUAAGCUCCUAGACUUGGUAAGGCUAAUCAGUGACAACAGUGCAGUAAGUGUGGCCCUGUACACUGCAGCUGUCCCCCUGUUUGUUGGCUACCCUGCAGUUCCCUCAAGACAAGAGCUCCAAGAGCCCCUCUCCAACAACAGGCCAGAGCAGAAGCACAGGUUCUAAGGCAAAGUCCCUGCUGGGAAGUCCGUGCCCAGGACACUGCAGUAGUCUGUACUUUAAAGGCAAACUCUUCAGUACAUUUUUGCACACUGUGAUACCUGUGGGAGCUGCAUGCAAGGAUCAGAGCACAAAGCCACUGGGGCUACUGGUACAUCCUGCAUCAUCAAAUCAGUUCCAUUUCUGGACUUUUUACCUUCUUAAAUUUCAUGGUGUACGUAGCUGAAUUGAACACUUAGUGGGGCAGCAGCAGCUUCCUGAGGAGUCCUACAAUUAGGUUAGAAUUAGUCAUCACUACAGAGAGCUUGAAGGACUUUGGAUACAGCUUUAAUAAGCUGCAAACAUUAGAUCAGGAUUUACAUCAUAAAUCUUGCCUUUUUGUUCUACUCAAACAGGAGUGUCUACAAAUCAGGUGAAUAUAAUUUACCAGUACAGUAGUUAAAUAACAAAAAGGACCAUAAUUGGUAGUAUUAUCUAAGAAGCCACAGCAAUCCUGCUUACAGCUGUCAGCUAAGAUCUGACUCAUCUAAGGUAUUUUAUAGCAACCAUAUGUUAGGCAUGCCUAUCUCACCUAUUAUGCAGAAAAAUGAUAACGUUUCCUAAUCAGGAUUUGCCACUAAGCAGGAUUUUCCGUAAACACCUCAGUACUGCAAGUGCUAUCCAGAGUCAGGGGAAAAGCUUUUGCAGACACUUCUGAUUUGGUCAUUUAAUAAAUAGAAUAAAUGGUUGCAAAUGUGUGGCUAGUACUGAUUUAGCAAGGCUGGCUGUAUUUCAGAGUGUAGGUACAUUACUUCAGCAGUUAAAUGGUGAACAUCACUUUAGCACAGAAUUCAUUAAGAUAAUUACUAACUUCUGCACUUCUUGUUCAAAAGUUUCAGAUUGCAGACAUGGUCUCAAAGCAUGUGAUCCAUUAAAAACACUUUGCUGAGAAAGUGCAAGCAAAGUUGUAUUGGUGUAGUAUUUUUACCUGCAUAGCCAGAAAAGAGAAGGAGAAUUCACAUCAGUAUGGGAGAGAAAUAUUAAAAAAUAUUUAAAAAGAACUUUUAAAAUACUAUGGUCCUUUGAUAACAAUGUGGGUGGUUAAGCUAGAAUAAUAAUUGCACUUUAAGAAAGGCAGACACUGUUGAAAACAGUUUGGCUGUUGAUUUUUGAACAAGGUUUAGAUCCAGUUCACUGUUUCCUGCAUAAGCCUACACCCUCUGCAGUUCAACUUGACUCCUUCUUGCACAAAGGCUGGUUAAAUGUCCAUCUAACUUAAUUUUUCCCAAGCAGUCUUGGGAAUACAGGGGAGAAAGCUGCAAUCCCAACAUUUCCUUCUGCUCUCAGUAGUUUUAGUGCUUAAAAGCUUUUUUGAGUACUGAAGAGUACUUUUUUUUUUUUUCCUGAACUAUGGGUUCUCAGUAAAUUUAAAAAAAAAAUAGAUACUUUUGCUGUUUAAGAUCCUUGGCUUAAAAAAUGUCACAACUAGAAAUGUAGUUAAAGUGUUUGUUCCUUAUUAAGAUAAUUAAGAGAAUUUGAAAACUUGAAAAAUAAGUGAUUUUACAGAUACCACAUUAGCCCUCUAGAGCUCUGGGUCACAUAUAUGUCAUCUCUGCUAAGUAUUCAUUUCUAAGAUCCUCCCAAGCUCUGCUUUUUUUGUUCUCUGAACAUCUGAUGCUUCUUGUUAUUCUUCUAUAACCACAGAUGUGCCCUCUUCAAAAAACUCACAAUCUCACAAUGCUAAACUGACAAGCUGAGUGUCAAACCACACACCCCAAGCAGCCCUGAAGAAAAACAGAAUCACGCUUGAAGCAAAACAGAAUAAAUCACACAAAUUGUUUCCAAAGAAUGAAUCUGAAACAUUGCAAACUGUGCACAGGCAUUGUUUCCUAAGAAUGCAAAUGCCAUUUUUUUGCUCACUUACUCUAUAAGCAGGGAGUGUUCUCCGAAAUAAGACAUUAAUGUGAACAACUUUUUAUUUCCUUGUUAAGUUUUCUCUCUCUUUGAGCUGAAGGGAGCUUUGCUGUGGGAACGAGCUGGGUCUCCUUUGUGCCGAAAAGCAGCAUGGGUGUGCUGGCUGAGUUA